UCUCGAUCAAUGUGUUUUGUGUCACCAUUGCCUUGUACCCCUCUUUGUCUUCCUUCUGCCCCCUUACAUUCUUGGUACCCUUGCUCGACUUUUUCAAUCGCCUAACAGGCGUCAAAGUCCCCCGCAAAUCUCCCCUCUAGCACAAUGGCGGGCGCAAAGAAACCCGUCAAUAUCUUUCAGCUCAAAAACCUGGGUGAUCCGAAACAGGUCUACAAUUGGAGACUAUGGCUCGCUGUGGUCUCGUUCGGGCUCAUGGGCGCCGCCCGGGGUGUCGAUGAGGGUUUGAUCUCCGGUGCUUUCAACUCCAAGGAUUUCCAGAGGACCAUCAACUAUGACUCCUACAGUACUGUGGAGAAGGCCAACAUCAAGGCAAAUGUCUCUGCGAUGGUCCAGAUUGGCUCUGUCGGUGGUGCUCUCUUUGCUUUCUUAGUUUGCGAUCGCAUCGGCCGUCUGUGGGCUACUCGUCAACUCUGUGUCCUGUGGAUUAUUGGCAUUGCCAUCUUCAUGGCAGCCAAUGGCAACCUGGGUGCUAUCUACGCCGGCCGUUUCGUUGCUGGUCUCGGUGUCGGUCAGACCGUAGUGGUUGGACCUGUAUAUCUUGCAGAAAUCGCACCCGCAUCCGUUCGUGGUCUCUGUACUUGUGUCUUCACUGGCUUUGUCUACCUGGGUAUCGUUCUCGCCUACUUCACCAACUAUGGUUGUCAAGUGAACAUGGGAGACAACACGCACAAGCGAUGGGAAGUCCCAACCAGUCUCCACGUUAUCUUCGCCGGUCUCAUCUUCAUCCUUUCUUUUACACAGUGGGAGUCCCCUCGCUACUUGGUCAAGAAAGGAAAGCAUGAGGAAGCCCUGAAGAAUCUAUCUCGCGUCAGAAAUCUCCCCGAAGAUCACGAGUACGUUAUUCAAGAGUUCUCUGCCAUCCGGACUUCGCACGAGGCCGAGAUGGAAGCCACCAUGGGAUCCGGUCCGAUGGGGGUGAUCAAAGAGGCAUUCCUGGUGCCCAGCAACCUGUACCGUUUGUACCUCGCCCUCAUGGCCCAGCUCCUGUCGCAGUGGUCCGGAGCCGGUUCAAUCACCCUUUACGCUCCCGACCUGUUCGAAUUGCUCGGCAUCACUGGAUCCAACGAGACGCUCCUGGUCACUGGUAUCUUUGGUAUCAUCAAAUUGGUCGCGGCCAUCAUUUGCGCCCUGUUCUUAGUCGAUGUCAUCGGCCGGAAGCGCUCUCUGCUGAUCGGUAUCACUUUCCAGGCCAUCUCGAUGGUCUAUGUCGCCGGUUUUCUCACGAGCGUCCCGGAGAUGGGAGUUGUGGACGGCUUCGAGCUGCCGGCAAACAAGCUGGGUGCCAGUCGCGGUGCGAUCGCUAUGAUCUACAUCUCCGGGUUCGGCUGGGCCCUCGGUUGGAAUUCGAUGCAGUAUCUUCUCACAGCGGAGCUGUUCCCGCUGCGGAUCCGUGCCCUCGCCACGUCCCUGGCGAUGUGCCUGCACUUUGUCAACCAGUACGGAAACUCCCGUGCGGUGCCCAACAUGCUGCUGGGUCCUGACCAUGGCGGCAUCGGCCCCAAGGGCACGUUUUGGUUCUUCGCCGCGGUGACCAUCAUCGGCUGGUUCUGGGUGCUGGUAACCGUCCCCGAAACCGCGGGUCGCAGUCUGGAGACAAUUGACAGGCUGUUCGAGCUGCCCUGGUACAAGAUCGGUCUAUAUGGUGCUCGGGAUGCUGAGCAGCGCGACAUGGUGAUCUCGGACAAGGCACAGAUUGCAGAGCAAUCUGACCACGUGGAGAAUGUGGGCACUAAGGAUAACUCGACUAGGGUCUAGAUGGGCACUUUUUUUGUUUUUUGAUAAUAUUCCCCAAGCUCCUUCUCCCCUAGUUUCUUUCUAUAUGUAUUUUCAACGAGUCAACAUCCGUUGAACAGAUAUAAUUCCUAUAGUCAACGAAC